AGUUUUAGUAUUUCUUCUCUUCUUCUUCCUUCUUCUUCCUUCUUCUUCUUCUUCUUAAAAGACCUUUUGCAUCUUCAAAUUAGCUGAGAUAGUGGGUUCUGAAAUUGGGUGAUAUUCUUGAUUCGACUGUUGCGGUUUUAUUUGGCUUUCCUAUUUUGACCGAUUUGGAAAAGAGGAUGUGAAAUUAAAAAAAAAAAAAGAGAGAGAGAGAACCAAUCUUCAUAUUAUAUUCACAUGUUAUUUUCUAUCUUCUAAAUUUCCCGUUUCCAAAUCUCUUUGGAAUUCCAUCUUUCUUUUGUUAGUUUCUCAGAUUUGUGUGGUGGUUAUGCUUGAAUCUGAGCAGUUAGGAGAGGAUAGGCUUCUGAAGACCGGAACUGAUCUGGUAAGUUGUUGUAGUGCUCGACAUUGGAGUGAUCUUGGAUCUCUACAGUUAAGUUGAAUAAGAGCUUCAUUUUGGGGGCUUCAGUUUGGUCAGCAUGGAAGAUGCUACUUUUUCACCAGGCUCAAUGCUGGCUGUUCCUUUGGAUUCAGCUAUGGACUUUGACUUUGUUGAUGAGCUGUUGUUAGAUGGAUGCUGGUUGGAGACAACAGAUGGAUCUGAAUUCCCUAACCCUAGUCCAUCGACUUCAAAUGCCUUGUUUGACACUCCAUUUGUAUGGCCUACGUCAGAGAAUAACAAUGGAAUUUCGUGCACUGGAGCAUCACAAAUAAGCUAUCAAGAAGAGAGGCAAGGGUCAUUGUUGCCAGAAAGUUCAAACUUGAAUGAAAGACAAGAAAGUUCAGUGAAUCCUCAAUUUAGACAGAACAUGGUUGAUUUUGACAGAAGUUACGAUCAGCCAGGAAAUUAUUUAGCUGAAGUUUCUGAACCAAUCAGAAGGUGGUGGAUUGCACCCAGAGCUAACCCAGGUCCUGCAACUUCUGUAAUGCUGCAAAGACUAAUUCAGGCACUUGAGUACAUUAAAGAUUUUGCAAUAGAUAAAGAUGUCCUUGUACAGUUAUGGGUACCUGUAAAUAGAGGAGGUAGAUGCUUCCUAACUACAGAUGAUCAACCUUUCUCACUGAAUCAGAACAGUUGGAGGCUUGCAAAUUAUAGAGACAUAUCUGCUAGAUAUCAUUUCCCAGCUGAGGAGGAUUCCAAGGAUAGUGCAGGGAUGCCUGGGAGGGUAUUCUUGGAUAAGGUACCAGAGUGGACUCCUGAUGUCAGGUUCUUUAGAAGUGAUGAAUAUCCAAGAAUAGAUCAUGCCCGGCAAUGUGACAUUCAUGGAUGCUUUGCCCUUCCUGUUUUUGAACAAGGCAGUAGGACUUGCUUGGGGGUUAUUGAGGUUGUGACGACUACCCAGAAGAUCAAGUAUCGUCCAGAGCUUGAAAAUGUUUGCAAAGCACUGGAGGCCGUUAACCUUACAAGUUCUAUUGCUUCAAGCUCUCAAAAUGUAAAGGUUUGCAGUAAAUCCUAUGAAGCAGCCUUACCUGAGAUCAAAGAGGUCUUGAGAUGUGCCUGUGAAACUCAGAAAUUACCCCUAGCACAGACUUGGGUUCGUUGCAUCCAACAGGGUAAAGAAGGGUGCCCUCACUCCAAUGAGAACUAUGUUAAUUGUGUUUCCACCAUAGAUGACGCUUGCUAUAUUGCUUAUCCUGGAAUCCAGGCUUUUCAUGAGGCCUGCUCUGAGUAUCACCUGUUAAAAGGUCAGGGUGUUGUUGGGGAAGCAUUUAUGACUAACCAACCCUGCUUCUCUCCUAACAUAACAUCCUAUAAAAAGACUGAGUAUCCCCUCUCACACCAUGCAACAAUGUUUGGGCUGCAAGGUGCUGUGGCAAUACGUCUGCGCUCCAUUGACACUGGUACAGCUGACUUUGUCUUGGAGUUCUUCUUACCAACAGAUUGCACAGAUAUUGAAGAACAGAGGAAGAUGCUACACUCAUUAUCCAUCAUCAUACAAAAUGUGUGCCAUAGCUUACGGGUCAUCACAGAUAAGGAGCUAGCAAAAGAAACAGAUUCUCUGGUUAGUGAGGUAAUAGUCCCAUCAUAUGGCAUUCCUAACGGAGAAGAGAUAUUGAAAGGGGAACAUGCUGAUACUGGAAGGUAUUCUCAAGAAAAUUCAUCUUGGACUAGCCCUAAUGAGGUUCAACAAGGCAGUAAAGUUGCCUCAGUAUUUCAGAAUGAUAAAACAAGUCCAAUGUUUAAUAAGAAUGUCUCUGAGGUGAGGCAGCAUCAUGAAGAUUCUUACCUAAAAGGAAGUAUAGAGCAUGGUGGAGAUUCUACUUUUAAUGAGGUUGGCUUUUCAAGUCUGACUGGGGGAAAGCUAGGAGAGAAAAGACGUACAAAAGCAGAGAAAACAAUCACCUUGGAAGUUCUCCGUCAAUAUUUUGCUGGAAGCCUAAAGGAUGCUGCAAAGAGUCUUGGCAUUUGCCCCACGACAUUGAAAAGGAUAUGUAGGCAACAUGGAAUACAACGUUGGCCUUCUCGAAAACUCAAGAAGGUCGAUCACUCUUUAAGGAAGCUGCAAAAUGUGAUUAACUCAGUCCAAGGUGCCUCUGAUACAUUUCAAAUAGGUUCCUUCUAUGCAAAUUUCCCAGAGCUGGCCUCUCCAAAACUAUCAGGAUCCAGCACAUUUGCAACUUCAAAGCUGUGCAAUCAUCCCAACUUGUCAAGCAGGCAGCCUGAGGGUGGCAUUCUCAGCUCUCAAGCAGCCAUUUCAAACUCACCCUCUUCAUCAUGCAGUCAGAGUUCCGGUUCAAGCCAUAGCUGUUCCAGUGAAAGACCACAAUAUUUUACAUCUAAAGUUUCUGGUUCUGAAGAUCUCAUGCUUGGUGAGAGCUUAGGUGAUGGAGUACUAAAAAGAGUCAGAAGCCAUGCAGAGCUGGAGGCCUCAGGUCGAGAAGGAAUAAAGCAAUUGCCAAGAUCCCAGAGCCAAAAAUCUCUGAAGGAGCAGUCUACUUCAGAGAGUCUUCUACCAAGGGGCAAUGGCCAGAUGGCUCAAGAGUUAGUUGCACAGAGGAUAAAAGUCACAUACGGGGAUGAAAAGAUCCGGUUCCGCAUGCAGAAUCAAUGGAGAUUCAAAGAUUUGUUGAAAGAAAUUGCAAGACGGUUUAACAUAGACAAUAUAACCAGAUAUGAUCUCAAGUACUUGGAUGAUGAUUCUGAGUGGAUUUUAUUGACAUGUGAUGCAGAUUGGGAGGAGUGUAUUGAUGUCUGUCAAUCAUCUGAGGGCAACCCAAUCAGACUAAAACUACAGGUUUCUCAUAAUCAUUUGGACAGGUAUUCAAGAACAUGUGGCCCUUCAUGACCUUUUGUUGUAUACUUGUAUUUGCAUCAGCUUGGAUCUUGGAUUUAGACUUGCUGGAAAGCCUGAGCAAGGGUUCUUUGCCUAAAUGGUAAUCCUGAAGCACAAAGCUGGUAUAAUGCUGGAGUGGCAGAAGCAGUGUUCCCACUCAGCAAAUUGCAUUUCAAAGAGAGAAUUUUUAGUUCGGUAAAUCAGGUAUGAGUUCAUGAAUGUUUUUCUGUAGGGUAGAAGAGAUUUUGGAUCUGAAACUUAGUUGUGCAUCAAGUUUGUUGAUUUUUAGUCAAAGAAGAUGAAGAGAAAAUAUUAUCAAAGUUUGUUGAUGUUGUGGUAACCAGCAAUAAAAUGAUAGAAGUCUGAUGUAAAGUGUCCAAAUUGAUUAGAUUGAGAUUUUUAUGAUAUUUAAUGAAUGGAAAUGUAUGUA